UCAAAUCACCUUUAUGGAACUUUUGAACUGUUGUUCCGCUCUUUUCGGAAUUUGUAUUUAAAUUGAAACCUGAGAUAAAACCUUAAAAAUGGUUGAAGCACAAAAGUACAGAAUCGAACAGGAAAUGACCAAAUUGAUCAAUGAAUUGGAUAGAACUUAUUUGAGAAAAAUGCAGGGUGACAUGCAUAGAUGUGCAGCUAAAUGUUGCGAUGACCCACAAACUUCAUUAGAAAGAGUUCACGGAUGCAUAGAUAACUGUACAACUUCAUUAAAUCAGGCUAACGAGUAUGUACAGGGUGAAAUCAAUCACUUCCAAAAUAGAUUACAGAGAUGUGUUAUGGACUGCAAUGAUGCAGCAAGAGAUAAACUAGGGGCUAAUCCUAGCCAAGAAACGGUUGACAAAUGCACUAUUAACUUUGAAAAGUGUGCAGUUCGAUGUGUAGAUAAGCACAUGGAUUUGUUGCCGAGUAUGAUGAAGACAAUGAAAUCAGUUUUGGCGAGUGGAAAACCACCGCCAGUUCAGAAUGUCUAGGUUACAAUGUCCACUGCCGUUGCAUGUUAUGUGUAAUGAAAUAUGGUGGGUUAAUUUUAGCCGCAUUUAAUUUGGACAGGACUAUACAGUGCAGUUUGUGUAAAUGAUAUAAGAUGUUUUAGUUUAUAGGUUGGA